AUGUUAUUGAAUAUAUCGCACAAUAAUUUGAUUGUUGCUAAAUUAUCGAACAACAUCGAAUUUCAAUACUUAAAAUCUGUUGAUUUCUCGUACAACAUGAUUAAGUUAAUAGAAGUUAACCAGGCCGAGUACGCUUACGUUGAAUUAAUAGAUGUUGAUUUAUCUCACAAUUUAAUAGAAGAAAUACCAGAAUCAAUAUUUUCUUCGUUUUCUCAAAUGCAAUAUUUAAAUUUAAAAAAUAAUCGGUUGCACACUUUGAAUAUACUAUGUUUCGAAGGAAUUAAUAACUUACAAAGAUUACAACUCGGUCACAACGAAAUAGUAGACAUUAACUCUUCAUUUUUAAGAUUUAAAGAUCUCCAGGAAUUAUCUCUUGAACAUAAUAGAAUCGAAAGGAUUUUGAGUCGAGAUUUUCAAAACUUAUUUAACCUAAAUAAAUUAUACCUGAGUAAUAAUAACAUAUCGUACAUAGAAAAGAGUAGCUUUGAUAAAAUGACUUUUUUGAACACAUUAGAUUUAAGUGAUAACUUUUUAUUUGCUAUUGAUAAAGAAGUAUUUAGUAACACACGUUAUUUACAGUACGUUGACUUAUCAAGAAAUAAGCUAAAACAUAUUUCAAAAGAAUUGUUUAGAGGUAAAAAUAUCUCGUUUUUUUCUAUACAAAAUAACAUUAUAGAAGGCGAACUUGUAACAGGAAUGUUCAUUGGUCUUAGUGAUAUUAGUGAGCUUGACAUAUCAAAUCAAUAUUUAACGUCUAUUGCAGACUAUGCGUUUAUGGGUUUAGAUAAUCUAGAAAUAUUGUUACUGAAUGAUAAUAAAAUUAAGAGUUUGUCUAACAAGUCUUUUCGAAAUUUACAAAACGUUAAAGAAAUCAAUCUUUCGAAUAAUAAACUUAUUAAGAUAAAUUUUGAAAAAAUCGACCUAUUGAAUUUGGGAUACCUAUCUUUAAGAAAUAAUCUGAUAAACGAUAUAAAACAGGAAGAUUUUAAUAAACUUACUCAUCUCCAAGUUUUAGACUUAUCCAAUAACAAUAUUUCAAAAAUAGAAAGAAGUUUAUUUAAAGAGCUACAACAAUUAGAAACAUUUAAAAUAUUUAAUAACCCACCGUUAACUUUCUUGGAUUCAAAUACAUUUGACGGGUUAGUUUUACUACCAAGGCUUGAUAUUUCUUUCUGUAAUCUUACAUUAGUAAAGAACAAUACAUUUCAAAACAUGAGGGAUUUAAAAUAUCUUAAUAUCUCCCAUUGUUCAAUUACCGAACUUGAAUUUGAUUCCUUUCUUCACACUGGACGCAUAGAGAUAAUUGACUUGUCGUAUAAUAAACUUUCAAAUUUUGCUGUAAAUGCAACUGAUUUACAAACUUUACGAAUACUUUCUUUAAAUAAUAAUUUAUUAACCCAAAUCUCUUCAAAUUUACUUAAAAAUUUCCCUAAUCUUUUCAAAGUAACAUUUUCUCAUAACAGGCUGCACGAUAUUCAUAAUAACGCAUUCCUAGGACACAAAUCAUUACAUCACAUAGAUCUAUCAUUUAAUCCUAUUUUACUCUUAAAGCUGAUCUUUUUCUCAACAUUAAACAAUUUACGUAGUCUAAAUCUCUCGGGAAUCGUGAGUAAUAUAAAUUUCAAUGAUAUGAAUAAUACUAUGCUCACAGAAUUACAGUUAUCCUAUGCAGGAAUACAAAAUAUAACCAUUCUACAUCUUAAUAGCCUAGAAAGCUUAGAAAAGUUAGUAAUAAAUAACAAUGCAAUAUUAGAAAUCGAUAAAGACGCAUUUUUUAAUGUAAGCCAUUUACAAUACCUUGAUUUAAGUUACAAUAUGAUAAAAUACGUUCAACCUGGUGCCUUCAAAACUAAUUAUGGCUUGAAAUUUUUAAACGUGUCACAUAAUUUUCUCGCCAACAUUAAUUAUGGAAUAUCACAUGGGUUAAUAAAUUUAUAUAUUUUGGAUUUAUCAUUUAACCAAAUUGAAAGCUUGGAAUAUGAUAAAAUUAUGGGAGCAGAAAAUUUAAACACCUUGAUAAUCGAUAAUAACAAAAUUAGUAACAUCAAUACAAAAUUUCCAUACACUCCUUUAUCGAAGUUAAGUAUAGGAGAUAAUCCUAUAUCGUGUAGAAAAAUUCUUGAAUUAAUACAAGAUAGUGAUAUUGAAAUAACGGCAAUAAGACGAGAUGUACAUAGUGAAAACAUAAACGGUAUAACAUGCAAUAAUCAGUAUACAUCAAUAAGAGACACACUGUCUACACAAGAAGAAACUAACUCCGUGCAAAUUCUUAAUGAAUUAAAAACCAUCUUGGUAAAUUCUAGUGCAUCGAAAACUUAUGAACCUUUAAAAUUUGACGGUAAAAACUAUUUCGCUAAUAUUACUGAACGAAUUCAAAUGUACAACAAUGAUGUCAUGAAGCAAUUAUCACGUCUGAAUGAUGCUGCACUCUCAAUUGAUAGAGAUAACAAUCGUACUAAUUCUUUACUAGAAAGGCUGUUGAAAAUGAUAGUUGCAAUGCACACUACAAUAAAGCCCUCCUUAAGUCCUUUAGUAAAAGAUAAUGCCACUUUUGAUAAUAUUAUUUCACAUAUACAUCAAAUAAAGCAAGAAUUGCAGAAUGAUUUAGAUGUUCAAAAAGAAAGCAUUAUGUCUGAGAUGGAUAAUAAGAUAUCCCUAGUGUUGGCUAGAAAAGAACCUAUUAAAGAAAAAUUAUCUAAUACUGAAGGUAGUUUGGCUACACAAAAUAAAUUCAAGUUUAUCGAGAUAUGUGUUUCUUUAACUUUAAUUAUAAUAAUAGCUUUGUUAUUAUUUACUGCUUAUAAACGAUUUAAUCACAGUUGUACAUGGUGGCGUUCUACAUCGUUUAGUAGACAACAUAUCGCGGAAUCAUUAGAAAGUUCAAACUUGUAA